CUUUGUUCAGUUCAUUUGCGGGUGGCAACCAACGUCAAUAAACCCAACAAAGAAGAAGGAGCACUGUUUACUGAUUUCUUUUUUUGGAAAAAGGACGUAAAGCUUGUGGCAACAAUGCAGUUUUGGUGGAAGAUAGAUUUCAAACAUCAUAUGAUUGUGACCCCUAACCCUAUACAGAUGAUCCAAAGAUCCUAUCACAGGAAGAACAGGUUCUGGUUUCAUUAAACCAGACUUUUCAGUGAAAGGGAUCAGAUCAUUUGUCAGUUCACACGCUGGAGAUGCUAACGAGAGCAGCAGCAUUACAGUGAAGAGUUAGAAAACAGGAGGUUGUUCUGGGAACAGAUUCAUGUUCAGCAUUAAUGUUGUUAAAGUCAUUUUCAUCAACAAUAAGAUUUAAUGAGAUAUUUGAGAAUCCGAUUUCAAAAUAUGAAUAUUUCAUGCAGAUACCAGCACACAGAGGAAUAAAGAGCAAUGAAGGUGGAUUUAUUAUCUAAGAACUGAAUCAUGAAGAAGUCAUGGACAUUUCACUCAGUAAAUCUGAAGCAGAAACAAUAUUUGAUUUAAUAUGAGUGGUGGUGGUGAUGCACCUUUACGUUGGUUGCCAUCCGCCAAUAAACCGAAGAAAGAAGAAGUUAAUUAACGCUUCAACUCACCUCUGCUUCUUCAGGUUCAACACAAAUCAACAGUUUUAAUUUCUUACACCUCAACUGACUUCAGUUUCUUUCAGCCUCAAAACGUCACACUUAUAAUACUCACAAAUAAUAUUUUGUCUUCAAAUCUCAGAUGCUGCCCCCUGCUGGUGAUCUCACUUCAGCUUCUUUCAGUAAUCUUACUGAAAAUUCAUCUGCUUUCAUCCUCCAGACAUCAUCUGACACCGUGUUUAAAAAUGUCACUUUGAAGAGAAAAGAAAGAAAAGAGUUGAUACUUUACAUGACCAGAAUUAUGUGCGAUCAUGUGAGUAGCUCAGCGACUGACGUGUUGACAGGUGUGUUUUCAGAGCAGGAGUCUGGCUCUGCCCUCGGAGACGUUCUUCCAUCCAAACAGAGGGGAGGAGAAGAGGGAGGAGAGUAAAGAGGAGAAAGAAAACACGGACAAGAAAGAGGAGAAGGAAGGAGAUCCUGCUCCUCAGAUGAACCUCCUCACUACAGUGUUGAGACUGAGACGAGAUCUCCACAGAGCAGAGGACCAGAGCUCUCGGAGUCUGGAAGAGAAGGAGGAGCUGGAGCUGUGCUGCACUCAGCUGAAGGGAGACACCAGGAUGUACCGUCAACGAAACAAACAAACCCUCAGACAGCUGGAUGAGGUGAUCCGAGAGAGAGACAAGGCGCUGUCGUCGUGGGCGGAGCAGCAGGAGGAAGUGCGGCUGCUCCUGCAGGAGAAGGAUCAGUACAGGGAGCAGGUUAGACAACUCACCGAGCAAUCUGAUAGGCUGGAGAUCCUCCUGCUGAGGUCACAGGGGGAAGAGCUACAACGGAGGACACACCCCCGCAGACUCACCUGCAACACUCACCAGUGGGAGAGGAGUGUGAGCAGUGAGGAAGAGGAGGAACCGACAGAGAAGACAGUAGAAGGAAGCAGUGAGGCGGUUCACAGUGAGACGUUGCAGAAGCCUGCGGCGGCAUCAGCUCUGCAGCAGAACAGUUCUCCUGUAGGAGGCGCUGCAGAGUCUGAACUGAAGACCAGCCCUACUGCAUCAUGGGAGAAGCAGACAGACGACUGUCUCACCUUCAGGACUCGUCCGAACUUCUUCUAUCGCAGGAAGCAAGCACUAAGGUCAAAGGUCAUCUGUAAGGAGUAUGCAGCCAGUAACCUUGACGAUAGCAGCAGCAGUGACAUCACCGAGUGGGACUGAGCUCCCCUGAGAUCACAUGAUCAAAUCUGAGCAUGACAUCACUGAGUGUUGAAGAUGUCAGAAUAUUGAUCAGAUUAUUGACGAUUGAUCACAAACAUUUCGUAGUAAAAGUGUCUAAUCACAUCAGUUAUAAUAAUAAUAAUUAUAAUAAAUCAAUAAAGUAUUUACUGACAAA